CCAAAUCUCACUCCUGUAGCCGCUGUUGCGUUUCUCUUCAAUCGAAUCAACUUCGAUUCUCACUCAAUUCAUCUCUCCGGUUAUCUUCACCGGAGUUCCUCGCCGGCUGCCACAAUCAGCUAGAAACACCGUCCACAAGUUGGUUAUCAGGAAAACUCUUUUUUCUCACGGUUUUUUUUCUUGAUCAAGUGACGACAAUGGAGGACGAUUGGGAGGAAGAGCAAUUGGCACCCAUUGAUCUUAAGUUACAUGAGCCACCUAAACUUAAAUGGGAAGAUGAAGACGUGGAUGAAGAUGAUGUGAAGGACUCAUGGGAAGAAGAAGACGAGCCCGCUCCUGCACCUGCAGCACCUGUAGUAAAAACUACUGAGAAGGCUCCUAAAAAGCCUUCUGAAAAAGCUACUGAAAAGAAGGGAAAGAAAGUAGAACAAGAAAAAGAAAAGGAAGAACCACUGGAUCCUCUGGCUGAAAAACUUCGCCAACAAAGACUAGUUGAAGAAGCAGAUUACAAGGCCACUAAGGAAUUGUUUGGUGGGGGUAAUGAUGAAAAGAACCUUGAUACUUUUAUACCGAAAUCUGAGACUGAUUUCUUGGAGUAUGCAGAGCUCAUCUCACAUAGGCUUCGUGCUUUUGAGAAAAGUUAUCAUUAUAUGGGUCUACUGAAGAAUGUAAUGAGAAUAUCGAUGACUUCCCUAAAAGGAGCAGAUGCCAAAGAUAUUGCGUCUUCUGUAACUGCCAUUGCAAAUGAAAAGAUAAAAGCAGAGAAAGAAGCCAAUGCUGGUAAAAAGAAGACAGGUGGCAAGAAAAAGCAGCUUACUGUUGACAAACCUGAUGAAGAUUUUGUUGCUGCUGAUCGAUAUGAUGCUUUGGAUGAUUAUGAUUUCAUGUGAAUUUUUUUGGUUCAGUUUCAUUCAGAUUAUAUUCAGUUAAGAGAUUCAACUGUUUCUACAUUGGAUGUUGGGACAAGACCCUUCGGCAUAAACCUGUUCAAAAUUGAAGAGUUUUGCCCUGUAUUUUGUCCAAUAAGAGAGUGUGCAUCAGUGUCUUUUCUUUUUCAGUUGUCAAAUUUUGUCACCAUUAUACUUGGAAAGUUGGUCUUUCACUAGAUGAUUUAUAUAAGUUAAAAAGUUCGAAGAUAAUGUAUUAAACAUUGAACAUCGCUUUUACUUUUGGUACAUUCAUGUUGGAUUGUAAGAAUAGAAUUUCCUUUUUUUUGUUGUUGAGGAUGCUUGUUUUAUCCAACAUAUAUUUCACAUCGGUUACAACCGAUUAAUGUGUCGCGGAUGA